AUGAGCCACACCGACAAAGGGUAUGCCGGCCCAAUGCCAGUCCUCUGGGACGAAACUUGGCAAAGGCAAACAAAGGAUGGCAAACUGAUCGAAUCUAGUAGCGAGUGCUCGAUCUCCUUCCAUAAAUCCAUCCCUACCGAGCCGCUGCAACAGGAACAAGGCAUUUUGACUUCUGGAUUUAUCACAUGUUCUUCCUGA